AUGCCCGCUGUGCCACGCCCGCUGUGCUACGUGCCGUGUGCCACGCCCCACCACGCCCGCUGUGCCACGCCCGCUGUGACACAGCGCUCCGCUCUUCAUGCUCUGCCCCAAUGUGCCCCGCUCUUUGCUCUCCGCCCCACUGUGCCCCGCUCCUCGUCCUCCGCCCCACUGUGCUCCGCUCUUCAUGCUCUCCCCGACUGUGCCCCGCUCUUUGUGCUCCGUCCCACUGUGCCCCGCUCCUCGUGCUCCGCCCCACUGUGCCCCGCUCUUCUUGCUCCGCCCCACUGUGCCGCCCCACUGUGCCCCGCUCUUCGUGCUCCGCCCCACUGUGCCCCGCUCCUCGUGCUCCGCCUCACUGUGCCCCGCUCCUCGUGCUCCGCCCCACUGUUCCCCGCUCUUCAUGUUCUGCCCCACUGUGCCCCGCUCUUCCUGCUCCACCCCACUGUGCCCGGCUCUUCGUGCUCCGCCCCACUGUGCCCCGCUCCUCGUGCUCCGCCCCACUGUGCCCCGUUCUUCGUGUUCCGCCCCACUUUGCCACGCUCCUCGUGCUCCGACUCACUGUGCCCCGCUCCUCGUGCUCCGUCCCGCUCUUCGUGCUCCGCCCCACUGUGCCCAGCUCCUCGUACUCUGCCCCACUGUGCCCCGCUCCUCGUGCUCUACUCCACUGUGCCCCGCUCCUCGUGCUCCACCACACUGUACCCCGCUCCCCGUGCUCCGCCACACUGUACCCCGCUCUUCAUGCUCUGCCCCGCUCCUGGUGCUCUGCCCCACUGUGCCCCGCUCCUCGUGCUCCGCCCCACUGUGCCCCGCUCCUCGUGCUCCGCCCCACUCUGCUAUAAAAUGGCGCUCUGA